GUGAGUGGAAGCAGCUGCUCGGUGACCUGUGUUCAACCCAAAUCUGACUCCGCUACUUUCACUUUUGCUUCAGCUCGACUUCUGUUCAUGUGACUUCUGAUCAAUACAGUCGAAACCUGACCCGAAUCAGGAAGUUAGGAGAUACUUUCGAUUUCGAGUGAACUAUGUCUCUCACCGGCGAGCUUGUAGAGGACGAGGCGAGCAGAACGAGCGACGCUGCGGCGGAGAUCCAGAAAUACAAGGAUCUCAUUGAGUCUGCAGACACUGAAAAAUCCAGGUUGCUGUUGGAAAAAGCCGAAGCUGAGAGUGAAAAGAGAAAAGCCGAGGCAGAACUUCAGAACUUUAUGGAUGAUGAAGACAACGUUUUUAACAAGUAUAAUAAAGAUCAUGUAGAAGUGCAGGAGGAGAUGAAGAGUCUGGAUCGAGCUGGUCAGGAUCUGAAGAGAGAACUUCAUGAUCUUCAGAAGAAGCUUCAGUUCAAGAGAGAAGAGAUUGAUUCUCUGCAGCGCAAAUUCAAGAUAGAAGCCAGAAUCCCAGUGAAGCCGGUGAAGUUUAAGCGUGCGCUGGACGGAGAGGAGUGCGAGGAGGCGGAUGAUCAGGUGAAGUCUGAGUUCACCGUCACUCAGAGACCCUCGUUUCUGCUGAAGGGAGGCCAGGCGCUCAUCACCUUUGAGGAGGAGAAGGUGGCGGAGCAGAUCCUCCGGCUGGCCAAGUGCUCGGUGGCCUGUGACAAAGCCAAGAUGGACGUGAAGCCGUACGCCUUAUCUCUGGAUCCCUCCGUCAAGUUUGAGGUUCAUAUCCAGGUAUCAAAGAAGAGCAUCAGGUUCUGUAACGCCCCGCCCACUUUAUCUGAGGAGCGAAUGAGAGACCGGCUGGAGCUGUCGUUCUCCAGAGCGAGUCGCGGCGGAGGGGAAGUGGAGAAGCUGGAGUACCACAGGGACACGCACUCGGGCCGCGUCACUUUCCUCAACACCGGAGUUGCAGAGAAUCUGGUUCACAGAGGAAAGUUUUGUGUCAACACCGGCAGCGAUGUGGAGGUUGAUGUUCUUCCUCUGUAUGAGUAUGAGCUCAGGAAAUUUCAAACGUACUCGGGGGUCCCGAAUCGCAGCGUGCUGCUGGGAGGAAUCCAGGCGCUGAUGGAUGAAGAAGACCUUCAGGACCAUUUGGAGAUCCACUUCCAGAAGCCCAGCAACUACGGAGGAGAGGUGGAGAACAUUAAAUACGUUCCUGAGGGAGUGCAGCUGACGGCUUUCUUCAGCGAGGACGUCAAAGAAAAGGAAGAUUGAGGAUCGAAUAUUGACUUCAGGAUGCAACAAAAACCAGGGUUUACUUAAAAUCAGUGACGCAUUAGUCAUAUUUGCAUGCUGUUAUGUAUGUGGGAUUUUCCUUCGGAUUAUAUCAAUCAUAUCUCCUCACUGUCUUCUGUAACAAUAUGACAAAACUGAGUAUCAUAAUAUACAAUUAUAAUUAAAACAGAUAAAGUUGAUUUUUAGGUAGGUUAUGUAUCUUCAAAUGAGAAUCAGAUUUAUCUCUUGUUUAAACUUAAACUGCUCAGAUCAUUGGCCUGACGAAGAUGUGCUGAUGUACAGAUGCUAUAUUAAAAUAAAGUGUAUUCAAAUGUUA